AUGAUCAGGGAUUCUAUCGUUUUCUCAGAUACUAAACCUAUUUACGUAACACAAGUGCUGGUAAAAAAUGGAGGGCCUGGAGUUGUGCUCUCUGAUACUUUUUAUGAAAAUAUAUUGUAUGAUGUGAUUUCGAAUCCAGUGAAGAGUGUUCAGGAUGUCAAUCUUAUAUUUCAAAAUAUACGCAAUAACUUGAUAUUGAGUGGAUUGUACAAAAAUGUUGAUGUUAAGCUAGAUCUCGAUGAGAGGGCGUCGUUAUUAAAUCAUUCGUUGAAACUGUCCACUGAGCAAAUUGGAAUUGAAUCAGUGGUUCCAAUUUCUGCAACUUUAAAUAUGACACCCUUAUAUUUGACACCUUAUAAAAAUUAUGUCACUUUCAAUACUUCAAAUACACAAAAUUCAGUCAGUUUAAAUAGAGAUUGGAUAAACUUGUUUGGAACAUCAGAUACAGGUACUAUAAAAUUAUCUGCCGAUUUAAAUCAAACCAAGUCAGAAAUCGACAAAAAAUCAAUUGAUGCAAAGUUUACAAUGCCUUUAUUAAGAAAUUCAUCCAUUAGAACUAUAUUAGAAAGUAAGUGUUCAAUAGCUAAACCAAGAAAUGAUACAAUGAAACAGUUUGAGUUGAAUAUUGGUUUGACAAAACUGAAACUUAUAGGUGGAAUAAAGUCUCUUCCAAUAUUUUAUAGUGGUCUGAAUAUUCAAAGAAAACAAACUACGUUAGGCCCUCUUAGCGACGAAGAAUCAGAAACUGAAAUCAUUGGUAACAUUAGCGAUGAAGUGAUCAACAGUUUAAGUUUAAAAUCAGAAUAUAUAACUGAUUCAAGAUUUUACACAUCUAAGUUUCCUAGUGGUGGACAUCUUUUCAAAUUAGUUCAUCAGCAUGUUCUUAAUGAAACUAACUCCAUAUCUAAUGAAAUUAAGAAAAAUAUUUCAAAUAUUAAUAUGUCUUUUGAAAAACAUAUAUCAACAUUAAAUGACCAAAUUACUAGUUCAUUUAUUUUUGAUGGUCAUGUAGGUGUGCCAUUGCAGUCUACUUUUGCAAACUUGAAUAGUGGUGAAUUUUGGGAUAAUGAAAAAGAAAUCUUUAAGACUUUAUGCCAAAAUGAUAUCAAAGUCAGUCACAAAGUUGGUCUGGUCUCCUCUUUCAGGGUUCCAAACAUUCCAAUCACCUCUCCGAUACGAUUCCAACUUUCUGUGCUUGGUAUAAACAAAUCUAAAAGGAUGGCCGAAUAUUUAAAGAAUUAUUCUGCUGAUACUGGAGUUUCGUUAGUAUAUAAGGGAGACCAUUCUCAAAUGAAGUUGUCAUAUCAAAUCCCAUUAAUUCAUGGAAACGACAAUAAACAUAGCGGACUCUCAUUUGAUGUUGCAGUAACUUAUUGUUAA